GAUGUUGAUAGGAAUUCAAAGGAACUGAUUAAUACCAAAGAACACAUUCAAGCAAGACACAGUAUUCAAAACAUCAAAAUGUUGAAGUUCACCAUUGCUUAUUCAAGCAAGCGUGACAUCCUUACUGGUGAUAAGGAAAAGGAUAAAACGCACCGAUACUUACGGAAAUCAGCAUAUGCCGGCGCUGAUACAAAACUAAGUUCUGAGAACUAUAAUACUAAAGCAGCCGCAAAACCAGGGAUGACCCCUCCACAACAGCGGUUUACUCUCAUUCAUCCGUUACCUUCCAUGACUAACAGUGGCAACAUCGACGUUGCUGACUUCUGUGGAGUAAAAUUGAAAUAAAAAAUAAUAACAAAAGGUGAAUCACUCAUGUAUUUAAGUAUAAUAGCCUUUACAAUAUGAUAUAUAUAUAUAUAUAUAUAUGAACAUAUGUUUACGCGUAUGUUUAUGCAUUAAUACAAGGGUUUAGAUUUUGCUAGUUAGAAUACCUAAAAAAAUUGGAAAGAAUAUCUAUUAAUUGUUACUUUAGUUACUUACAGAAGCCCUACAUUUAAAAGGAAAAGACUAUAUCCUUUCCUCUUGGUAGAUUUCAGAAAUAUAUAUGCUAUGCUAAUACAACUGAAAUAAAAUAUCACUACAUAGUUACGAUGUAGCUAAAUUAUAAAUAAGAAUCGACAAAGAUGAAAAUAUACAUUUUAGUGCCUCGUGAACCUACCUAAUUCUUUGGGUGUACGUGCGUCCCUUUUUGGUUUAGGGUCAAAAGGUGAAACCACAAUACAAAACCAAUUAAUUUUUUUUAUGAAUCUUGAUGACGCUAGUGGAAUA